CUCUCGACCACCACCUCCUCCCUCCCGUCGCUUCCUCCCGUUUCUCUCGCCCACGUCAACGCUCCCUCGUACGUCUCCCGGACCCCGCGUGCCACCGCGCCUGUGUAUCUGAUUGGAAGGGUGUUGGUAGAAAUUGUCUCGACCUGUAACACUACUUAACACGACUAUAUUCGCUUUCUGCCCAUCCACUGUCCCUGUUUUGAGCACCCGCCGGCAUGCCUGAAGACGACUUCGACAUCUACGGCGAAGAUGAUGGCUUCAGCUCCAUCAAGGUUGAGUCCCAUGAGGAAUUCCAGACGCCGGUGGAGGAGAAGACUCCAGCCGAGAUAGCCGCCGUAGUCGCCGCCGCCCACUCUCCCGUGGUUGGGGAGAAGCGUCUAAGAGAAGAAGACGAGCAUGAGCAGAGAGAUGCCCAGAAUGACCGCCAGAGCAUUCCCGGCUUCAAGUCCGACUCCCCCUCAGCAAGCAUUCCAGGUAACCCCUCGUCAAACGCGAAUGGCGCGCAGAACGGGCAGGUGGCCAACAGUGAUGCUGGAGGCGGAAACAAACUGGACGCUCUGUAUAUUGGUGAUCUCCAAUGGUGGACGACUGAUGAGGACUUGCGGCAAGUCGCCCUCACCCUCGGUGUCGUACUCGACCACAAGGAUAUCACGUUCUCCGAGCACAAAGUUAAUGGCAAGAGUAAGGGUAUCGCGUACAUCGAGUGCCACGGUGCCGCAAAUGCGACCACCCUGAAGGAAUGGUUCGAUAGCAACGAGUUCCAAAAUCGCCGUGCUUCGGCAACAUACACGGCCACCUCUCAAGGCAAUCCGUUCCGCACUCUCCCCAAGGAACCUCCACCCCGCGAGCAGCGCCACGGGAAUAACGCCGGCGGCGGCGGUAACGCCCGUGGGGGAGGCAACUUCCGCGGUGGCGCAAACGGUGGUGGCAUGGGCGUACCGCCCAUGAUGAACGGCGCUAUGCGCGGCGGCGGAGGUAUGAUGAACGGCGGCAUGCGAGGUGGUAUGCCCAAUAUGAUGGGCAACUUUGGCAUGGGCUUCGGCAUGGGCGCAGGCUUCAACGGCAUGGGUGGUGGCGGCGCCGGCUUUGGUCGCGGGGGUAUGAUUCCUCAAGGACCCCGCGGCGGCGGCAUGAUGGGCGGUGGGGGCGGCUUCAACGGUGGUCGCGGAAACAUGAUGGGUGUCGGCGGAAUGGGCAUGAUGCCAAUGGGCGGCCGCGGCGGCUUUGGGGGCGUACAGGGCCACUUCAACCCGGCGUUCAUGCAGGGCGGUGGCGGCGGCGCCCCGCUCGGGCCCGACGGCCCCCGCAAGCGGUUCAAAAUGGACGACAGCGGGUGAAGACGAUGUGGCCCCGCGGGACGAUCGCUCUAUGUAUAUUUUACCAGUCUCCCUUCACGCUACGCUGCCUCGUCGCCCUAAUCACCCCUUUCCUCGCUUACCUGCACUCCCUGAUUCUCCGUCCCUAGUCGCGCUCGUCACAAUGUCUUGCUUUCGCGAUCUGUCGUCGUUCUUGUAACACUUAUAUCGGAUCUAUAUGGAGAAGUUAACACCUUUC